UGUGGCAAAUGCGUGUUUCAUUGGUCCAAGUGCAACACAUUCUGUUUUCAAAUUUUCCACCCUCUCUGCUUCUUCUUCUUCCACAAAGUUUAUACAUCUCAACGUUGUAACCAACUCGAGAAUCUGAAGAUGAUAAUUAGCAUUCAGACGGCGAUGGAUCUGAUCGUUGCCGGUUUUUCUCUGAUGUUCGGAUUUGGACUCUAUGCUCUCAUCGCCGCUGUCCUCUGCUCCGUCGCUUUCCUCCACCAUGUCAGAUCCGCUCCUCCCAGCGCCUCCGUUUUAAUAUCUAGCCGGAGAUAAUUCUUUUCAGCAAACCAAAGUCUAACAUGUUGUGCGAAGACAAGAAACUCAUGCAAAGGCUCUCUUGUUCUACUUGUAUGAGAAAUGCAGAACAAAUAUUGUAACUGAAGUCUGAAAUUAAAAGAAAAGAAUUAUAAAAAAAAAUUUGUCAACAUUUUGAUAUUUGAUUAAAGUUCAAAUGGCUAAACAAACCGUACAAAUUGUUCUUGCCCACAAAAUACAAUAAAUUUUGAGAUAAGUAUUACGAAAACACAUGAUUAAUUCUAGAACACUCAUCUCCACGUGAACACUUUUGGAAAUGUCAAAAUUUUCACUAGUCAGGUCACCAUCACAUAAGCCUAAUCUCUUUGCCGAACAUUUCCACCGUUAUAGUGACGCAAUUGACAUUGAUCAAAUCAUCUCCAUCAUGAAGUUUCGACUUUAAUUAGUAUGCUAUACCGUUUUUACACCUUGUGCAGUUGACCGUCUGAGAAUAAUGAUUAGAUCUAAACCUGAGUCAUUCUUUUUAGAAACCUAUAUGCUUGAAACAACAAUAUUUUCGGAUAAUAACCACAUGCAUCACAUGAUCCAGACCAGCAAGUCAGUGGUUUGCACUCUCUGAAAUCAAUUGAUAUGUCCCUGCUACGUACAGCCACCGUUAUAUUGAAUUCUGCCGCGACCACCACCACCUAAAUGGACUCUGCCGCCACCGACUCCUAUAAUGCAGAGACCGGGAAAACAGAAGCCAAAGUGAUUCCCAACAGACCAUUUCUGUUAGUCCAUGCUAUGGGAUUCAAUUGCUAAGCUUAGUAAAAGUGUUAGUGAGAAGGAAAUGCAUAACCGUUUGAGUUCCGUCAUUUUUUUCUCUCGGUGUUGAUAAGGAUCACUGGCUUUUUAUGUAUACUUUUCAAUAUGGUAUGUCAUGCUUUUGUAAUUAGUCAGUGAAAGGUGCAGAAAAUUUGGGGUAUUGAAUGGGAAUUUGUUUUGAAAGUAAGGGAGCAGAAAAUUAAGGUUCUUGUUCAGUUUGGAAUACUGAGUUGUCUUCUAGUUAUAUUUUACAUUUUUAUUUUUGAAGUCAACAGUGUUAAUUUGAGGCAAACUAUAUUCUCAGGUUUCAGGUUCAGCUAUAUUGCAAACUCGAACCAGACUCCUGAGUUCGAACAAGCCCCCAUAUUCCAUUGUUCUUGUUCACGAGAGAGUUCAGAGAUUGAAUACAUGGCCGAUCCUGAAAUUGUAGGGACUAUAAAAUAUUAUGAUUUUUAAUACUUUCGGAAUAAUUUUGAGGCCAUAAAAAUAUUGUAUACUGACUCCUUAAAAUCUGAGAGGUAAAACCAAUGAUUUCAUUAAACUACGUCGAGGUCCGGUUCUGGUUGAAUAGUGAGGAUAAACACAAGGGUUUAAAUUCUGCCAUUUUUAUUCUCUUUCAAGUUUUGGUGACUUGAAACUAAAACUCCAUAAUCUUAACGAUUGGUGGUUGCCUUUUGUUAAUCUUUUCCUUGGAUGUCAUUUUCGAAUAGCAGUGGAACGUGUGCAGAUGCCAUUUGUUUAGUUGAAAUGCUUGGUUCUUGGCCUUUGCUCGUUUGGUUCUACGGUCUUCUUGAAGUUGAAAUUUGGUAGACCAAGUCCAAUGUGUUGUGCAUUUUCCGGGUCUUAAUCUCUCACAAUUUUGUGGGUCACUAGAAUUAGAUUGGACGACCCUUCUUUCAUUAUCGUCUACCUGUUUAUUGCUUCUGCACGUGCAUGGUGGAUUUGAGAUUACAGUCUCGAAAGUGACUUGAGAAUCACAUCUACGUGAAGGCGGUCCUCUCUUAGCAAGCUGCCAGCUAAAAAAUCUUUGUUGUUUUCUGCUCUCAAUUCAAUGUGCCUCAAUAAGUCUAAUAACUUUUCAGUCAUUUUCUGAGAC